AAACCCUAUUAACAAACAUAGAACAGCGUUCAUCUCAACCCGUAAGGCUCAAAAAAAGUGCCCAAAUUUCCCCCCAAAAAUUAAAAGGAGAGGAGAGAGAUGAGGAGAUUCGAUCCAUGGCCGGUGUUCUUCAAGAGGGAGUGGAAUCGCAACUGGCCUUUCCUCACCGGAUUCGCCAUCACCGGUGCCCUAAUCACCAAAUUCACCGCCGGCCUCACCGAGGAGGACGCCAAGAACUCUCGCUUCGUCCAGGAGCACAAUAGGUGAAAAUUACUUGGAGGUGAAACAGCUAUCCUUCAUAACGAGGUGCAACAAUUUAGGUGAAAUUCGUUGGUUGAUACGGUGUAAUUGAUGCAUUGCUCUUCUUAUUCCAGAGACACUCGUUGGUUUUCGGUUAAUUUGUUCCAUUAAACUAAAGACAUGGUUUUGUUAUGAAGUACUAUAAAUUUCAUCAUCUUUCUUGUUUAAAUAAAGGCCAAACUAUGGUUUGGGACUAGUGCUCCGCCUUCUAAUGUCUCUGUUAUGAAUCGAAGAAGACAGUGAAACUAGCAAUUUGUUCGCACCUAUUUGAGAUGUUAUGUUUCCUGAUUAUGAAUCGUCAUUUGGAGGUCUCAA